UCAAAUGUGGACCGUAAUUCUUUCUCGCAGACGGGCUUUAGCUUUAGAAAACUAUGGGCUUUCACGGGGCCUGGCUUCUUAAUGUCCAUAGCCUAUCUGGAUCCUGGCAACAUAGAAUCGGAUCUACAGUCCGGAGUGACGGCGAGAUACAAGUUAUUAUGGGUACUACUAAGCGCUACUAUCCUAGGUCUCGUUAUGCAAAGACUCAGCGCGCGCCUCGGCGUAGUGACCGGUCUACAUCUGGCGGAGAUGUGUUACAGACAAUACAAAAAAGUACCUAGAUUAAUUUUAUGGAUAAUGAUUGAAAUAGCGAUUAUUGGUAGCGAUAUGCAGGAGGUAAUAGGAACGGCUAUUGCCCUUUACCUCUUAUCUAAUAAAGCGAUUCCUAUAUGGGGCGGCGUACUUAUCACAGUAGUCGACACGUUCACAUUUUUAUUCCUGGAUAAAUACGGACUGAGGAAAUUGGAGUUUUUCUUCGGUCUUCUCAUCGCGAUCAUGGCUGUCACCUUCGGUUACGAGGUACAUUUAUUUCAGAAU